AUGGGGACCCGUGAAGAAGUUUCAAAACAAACGUCAUUUCUCGAUAGUGGGGUCUUGUUGCAGGCUACAUCACCUAGUUCUCUCAAGGAAAGGACUGUUGAUCUCCUUGUUAACGGGUUUAUAAAUGCCAAUGAAGACUGGAAUUCUAGACGACUUCGAUACAAUUUAAAGAGAUAUGGAAGUAUUCGAGCCGAAAAAUUGGGGAAGUCUUGCAAUGACUUCAGCAUUUUGCAUUCACAGCCUGAUUCUCCUCGGGGUUCUUUGCUCCGUCGGCAGGUCGAUCUGAUGACUCAACUUGGCACUCCGACACCUUUCUCACCCUCUGGAAUUUCUGCAUAUCGAAACAGUGCACUUAGGACACUGAGUAACCUCUUCAUGGAUACUGCUGUUAGACGUCGACGAAAUAUUAACCGAUGCAGUGGUGGUCUUGCUCUUCAUCGAAUAUCCGGGUUGGAGCCCACCAUUCUGAAGCUACCUGCUGGUACCAUUGUUUCUUCUCCUGUCCCGAAUGAGAUUUUGGUGUCUGAUACAAUUUGGCGAGGCUCAUCUGUAGCGCCCGAACCUUCUGAUCGGGGCCUCGGGGAUUUCGAUAACAGCUUAUCCAAACGUGUACCUAUGUCGACUGGAAACUCUUCGCGUUCGGCACCGGCGAAAGAUGUUGUGACUUCAAGGGAUUCCAGAUACCACAGCUGUAUUGAACUACAUGCAUACCCAUUAAAAACACCCUCUAGAAGACCAUUGGAUCUACCAUUUAGUGGACGGCGCAUAUUCUUUCCUUCAACCUCCACGUCUCAGAUAUCUAAGACUCCUGAUCAAACUGAUGGUUUUGCUGACAUGUUAGUGGACUUUGCAGUUAAGCAAACUCAAAAUUCGAAUGAUGUAGCUGCUCCAGAUUCUCGAAUUACUUCGCAUACUGAAACCAAAAUCUCGGGUGUCUCUGCUCCCUUGUGCCUCUCUGUGGCGCGUCCUCCUCCCCUCGAUCUUGGUCCCACAUCCAAAUUCAUUGAAUCACACGUUACUGAUUAUUGUGUUAAGCUGGACGGUGAGGAGUCAUCCUCAUUUCCGGACAAUCAGCAUUCCCAUCCUUCAAAAAAUGCCUCUACCAAAGAAGCAGAGUCCGGUUCCGUCACACCAUACAUCAUUCGAUCUCGUGUCAAUCGUGAUGAAAACGCUUCGACACUCAUGUCGCCUUUGACACCACUGAUCUUGUUGAAUCCUGGCCAAUCAAAUGGAGGCAAAUUCUUAGAUCAAGAUAGGCGAGAUGAGUCAUUUAGGUUGCUGGGGCAUUUCUUUCGAAGGUCGAAAAAGACAGAUGAGAUUUACCGGCAGGUGGAUGACAGCAUGCUGGAUUAUCGGCCCUACUUUACCUACAUGUUGUGCUUCAUUCAUCUCCUCGUGAUGAUAUUCGCUUGCAUUGGGUACGGUUUUGCACCAGUUGGUAUCAACUUGGAGCGCAUAGUGACCCAGCAAGUAAUGAUGCCCUCUCUAGACGUUGAGAACGUGUGCAGAGUGCAGGACGAGAAUAUUUGGAUUGGGCCACAACAGGCUGACCUCGUCCGCAUGGGAGCUCGUUUCUCACCCUGCAUGCGUUUCGACGACACCCUCAAUAAGGUGGUAGUUGAAGCGCAGAAAAAGUGGGACAGAAAAAGCGGUUGCUGUGUCAAUAUGAGAGACGCCACCUGCUACCAGACAAGCCGUCUGUUUUGCUCUCGAAGUACUUCCACGUGGUUGCACUACUCGGAUAAUCAUGACCUAUUAGUGGCUGAGGCAUUGUUUACUCCACAAAUGGAGGGUCGCACCUUUCACUCCGACUUUUAUACUCUCGGAUCGACCACUCGUCCAUCCAUUGGACCCGUAUGCGGACUGGAUCCUGAUUUUUGUGCCGAGCCGCGGUCCACCGGACCAUUCACAUGGUCCUCUACCGAUGUCACUGAAUGGCCCACAGGUCACAUGGUGUGCUGCCUCAUUUUGGUCACUUGUUGCACUGACCUUUCGACAACAUCCAUGUUGAAGCUUACUGGUGUCCUCUCCUGUUUGCAUCCUGUCUCACCUUACCAUACUCUUCACACGUACUUAUGCAUACCUGCCUUACAGAUUUGUCUAAAACCUGUCAACACCUCCUCGCUGGCCGGUUUUGCGCCUCACAUGGAGUGUGAAACGGUAGCGCGACCCUGCUGUGUUGGAGUCAAGGGAGAGUGUAUCAUCACCACUCCAGUACAUUGCAGCUUCCUUCAAGGUCGUUACCACAGUGAAGCUCGCCUCUGCUCCCAGGUUCACUGCUUACAGGAGGUUUGCGGUAUGAUACCCUUCGUCAAGCCCUCUAAACCCGAUCAAUUGUCGAGGCUAUUCAUUUCACUGUUUCUACAUGCAGGGAUUUUGCAUUUGGCACUCAGUUUGUUUAUCCAAUUGACUGUGAUGCGCCACUUGGAGAAAUUGCUUGGUUGUGUUCGAAUUGCCACAAUCUUUAUCCUCUCGGGAUGCUUCUCUGGUCUGGCCUCUGGGAUUAUGCUACCAUACCAUGUUCACACAGGGCCGACUGGAGCACACUUUGCGCUGUUUGGAGUUAGUUUUAUGGAUUCACUGCAGACAAUUGACAUAUUUGUGUCGCCUUGGUCGGUGAUCCUCAGGCAGGUGGUGCUGGUGCUUUUUGGGUUUUUUAUUGGUUUUCUCCCUUGGCUGGACAACUACGCCCACAUCUCAGGUUUUGUUUCCGGCAUUCUGCUGGCCUACGUGUUUGUGCCCUACCUCGGAUACGGCAGCAAGAACCAACUCACUGUGAUGCGUGUCUCCAAUCUAAGCAAUCAGACCACGGCUGGUGACUCCGAUUACGAAAUCUACCAACGCAAACUGCAGGAGCUGUUCGUUCAUAUGCGUCGUCGCAAGUUGAAGGUUAUUGUGACUUGCAUGGCUACGUGGCUACUGCUCUUUUUCCUUCUUCUUUUGGUAUUUAUAAAGUGGCCAUUAACCAACUGCACGUGGUGCAAAUACUUCAACUGUCUUCCAUGGACACCUAGUCUGUGUGAUACACUUGAGGUGAAUGUGCACGCACCGGCUAGAUGCAUUAAUCCCCGCACUUGA